AAGCCUCACCGCCCGUCUGCUGACAUCAUCCCCCGCACAAAUCCAUCUCCACAAAUUGCCAGGAACCAUCGGCAUUUGCCCUAGUACAAUACAAAAUUUUUUGGUCAGGGAUUAUCCCAUCAUUUGCACGUGGCUGGGAAGGUGGUAGGGCAAUGAAUCCAGCAAACCGGUGCAGGUGGAAUCAGCUCAAGUUGUCCGUCUAUAAUCCAGAAUUUCCCCGUGUCACUAUACCGUGAAAUUAUACCGGCAGUUAUGGUUUACGGCCGCCAGCGGAGUCAGGGGUGCAUACUUUGCAGGAAACGAAAAGUCAAGUGCGAUGAGGGAAAGCCAACAUGCAAUAAUUGCAAGGCUCAUGGAAAAGAAUGUCCGGGGUAUAGCAAACCAUCUUCACCGUUCAUUUUUCGCAAUGAGAAUAAAAAGGCCGAGAAAUUAGUCCAGAAGGGUCAGAAGAGACAUGAAAAUAAUCAAAACCCUCAGUUUGGCCCUGAGACGAAAUCGGAAACUGCCGUGUCAAGACGUUCUGGUACUUUUGAAGGUCCUCUAAUAAAUGUCUCGGUCUCGGUCCCGCGGUAUCUGUUCGACUCAACAUGGGAGGAUCGUAGCCAUUGCUACUUCCUCGACCAGUUUACCUUGCCACAGGAGAUAGAUGGUAGUCCAGGUCCAUUGGAUUCCGUACCAACUCUAUAUACCUUUUGUCAGCGGGGUGAAGAUACCAGCGGUGCUCCUUUGUCGUGCCUGCAAUCGGCUCUUGACGCAGUUGCGUUCGCCACUCUUGCAAACCAGGCAAAUGUACCUUCAUUGGCUAUCCACGCGAAGAAAAAGUAUGGCCAGGCUCUGCGUGAUCUGAACAAAGCAUUGAGCUCUGUGGAAACUGCCGUCCGAGACGAGACGAUGGGCGCAAUUGUAAUGCUAACAUUAUUUGAAGAUGUGAACAGCGAGCGGGAGAGCUUGCUGAGUAUUCAUAUAAAGGGAAUUCAAUAUUUGUUAAAGCUGCGCGGUCUUGACCAGCUGUUUAAUCCUGCCACCCGGUCUCUCUUUCAUUUUGCCUUUACCCAAAUGUCGAUUCAACUUCUUGGACUGAAUGACCCGCUGUUGAUUGACGUAGAUUGGUUGAUGGGGGUGUUUACUGUUCAGUACCCAGUCUACAAUAUGAUGGCUGGGGUUUUGAAGAUCAGUAAAUUUCGCGCGACUGUCGCGAAGAUGCUCUCUCCUGAAAGCCAGAGCUUUCAUCCUUCAACUCAAGAGUCACUCACAUCUAUGCUCGAGAUGGGAGAACGAUUGGGUCUAGAGUUCGACCAAUGGUACAGAGGAACGCCAGAUGAAUGGCUUCCACAGAGCUCGCCAACGAUCCACGGGGAGACCAUAAUCACCUAUCCAGAUAUAACCUCAGCUGGCGUAUGGAAUUACUACCGAGGCGCCACAAUCGCCCUUCAACUGACUCUCAUUGAAAUCCAUCACCGCCUGAACUCUUUGGUCGCCGGCAACUUGCACAACACAACCGACUCCAACCAAUUCGUCGGUCUACAAUCCCCCGAAAACAUCAUCAAAAAUACAGUGGUAGGCAUAUGCCAAACGAUACCAUUCGCACUUGGAGACGUCGACCGAUUCGGCUUCCCAACCCCUAUGCACGGAAAACCCGGGGUCGGAAUUAAGGCCAUCCAACAGUUCGCGCUACUAUGGCCCAUUUGGACCGUCACGCAGUGUGGACUUGCCACCGCUGAACAAGACAAGCAGGCCAGGGUGGCUUUGCAAAGGAUUGGUCUGGCAUCGGGGAUUAAGCUAGGGCUGGCCCUGGCUGAUCAGAAUACCGUCUUGGAUCGGGCGACGCUUUCGAGUCCAUCCCAUAGCCCUGUAUCUUCGCCUCCGAAGAGUGUUUAGAAGGGCUGGGGUGGAUCUGGUCAGGUGAAUCUGGCUAGAGUAUAUAUACUUGACCAUCAGACAGGGCAACGGUUACUGUCUAUGGAUUAGACUAUGUGGUUUCUUAUAUAUAGACGAUGGUAUACUUGGGAUUAUAGAACUGAUAGACGCGUCUUGAUGACUACAGUUGAUGAUUGAAUUAACAUGAACGAUCUGUC